GAGAACACAACCCUGUUCAGAACCUAUAGCAUGUGUAGUUCUGCCUUUGCUUCAAGCUUUCUUAAAGCAUCGUUUCCAAUUCAAUCAUGCUUGAGUUGAGAGUAUGGGAGAAAAACAAUCAUGGUGGCAUUUAAAAUGAUCCUGUUUGUUUUUUAAUUAAAAUGCAAUCCCAUUUCCACCUCAUGUCGACUUGUCAAAGUAGAUUAAUCUGUUGCAGUGCUACAGCAUUUGUUUAUGAUCUCCUCAGCAAUCAUGGCUUCAGGGAACACGAACGCAGGCCGGAGCGUUGCUGAGAUUUCAGACUAUCAGCAAACUGAAAAUGAGGUGUCCAGCUCUCCUUCUCAGCAGGAUGGAGAAUGUCAAGGAUACAAUGCUUCGAGUUUGUCCAUAGACUCUGGAACUUCUUCUGCUGAAUUUUCUCAACUGAUCUCUGACAAUGAAAACUUCAGACUCUGCGACAGGUAUUUACGCGAGCACCUUGACAUGAACGGCUUUUCAGAAGAAGAGCUUCUGAACAUUACUUUCGAGACGUGUGACGCUGCGGGACGAGGAGAAGUUCUGGCCUCCACUGUAGUGCAGUUUCUGCAGGCCAUGACAGGACAUAGCGGUGCACAGGACAAGCUGAUUGUCCUGAAGCACAUGUUGGAUCCAGAGGACCGAGAUCCACCUGUGGACAAAGACACGUUUCACACCACGAUGAGGAAGUGGAUCGCUCAGUGCAGUCAGGACGGAUUAUUUGACGACAGCUACCAGGCAUCAGGAUCAGACUCUUGCAAAGUUACUCCAAAUGGAGCUGAGUUUUCUCCUUCACUGGCUGAAACUAUGUUCACAGACCAAAGUGAAUAUCACUGCGAUGCAAGCGAUUUGCUGGGCCUGGUGGCGGAGCUGAAGUACGCUCAGCGCAGACUGAGAGGACAGAACAGCAGCCUGCUGAGGAGCGUAUCUCAGUGUGAGGAAACCAACCUUCAGCUGAUGAUGGAUGUUUCGGAGCUUCGCAGCAAACUAGCAAGUGCCCAGCUGUGUGCAGGAAGAGCUCGGUCUCUGGCUGAGGAGCUGGAUGAAGCCAGACGAGCGCUGAGAGAAAGCCAAGAGAAAACCAGCCGAGCUCAAGCUAACGGCAAUUCGCUGAUGAAGGAGAUUGAACACCUGAAGGCUCAUAUCAAAGUCAUCGAAGAGAUGAAUGAAAAACUGCUACUGGAGAGGAACAGUGCUGAGGAUCGGCUUAACAAGCUGAAAAGAGCUAACACGGACAUCAGGGAGGAACUUGAGGAACUGCGAGUGUUACUGGCAAUGAAAGAAAGGGAAAGCACUAAGAAAAACAACACACUGCAGAAGCUGAAGGAGACUUUUCUGGACUACCACAGAAUCUUCGACGGUCUGCAGUGCGACCUGGUGAGAUUACAGGAGCACUCACAGCAAACACUUCUGAGUUUCGAUAAAUGUUCAUCGAGUCUGAAAAGUCCUGUGGUCCCAAAUCAUUACUCCUUACACCAUGAGAUCCAGGAGGCCGAGCCGAGGACACGUGUGGAGGGAAACGUUGGGUCGGUGUCUGAGCUUCAAUCUUCUUCGUCCCAGAGAGAUCUGUACGAUUUCCUCCACAAGAUCAAGUCUGCAGAUCUGCAGGAUGCACGUUCAGAUGAUUCAUUACAGAAAGGGUUCCUUCAGGACCAGCAAGAGCAGACGAGCUCCAAGCAGCUACUGGCAAUUCUGAGAGAGCUGGAGCGGUCACGGCCUCUGUGGGACCAGCAGCCAGAACGCAGACAGAUCGAGACACACCGACAGAGCCAGGAAUUGCGCAAUGCUCCGCCCAUCACCUGGUGGAAAGCUCUGAAGGUGGAGGACGAGAAGCACACCUGGAACACAAGAGACAUCCGGGACACCACCAGGGAGCUGCAAGAGAGGAUCAGCAUUCUGGAGACCCAGCUGAAGGAGGCGCAGAUGGAGGUCCAGAAAAGCAGAAAGGAGUUAAGAGAAACACGUGUCCGGAUACAGAGGGCUGACGUGGCCUUGCAGACAGAGCGGGUUGAAGAUGAGACGAAACGUGUCACUGCUGAGAAAGUUCUGGAGUCUCUCAGAAAGGUGGAGGUGGUGGUGACGAGGGCGCUGCGAGCUGCUGAGACGAUGACUGAACGCGAGAGGAGGGUGAAGGAGAGGAUGGAGGCCAUCAGUCAUAAGGUGGAGGCAGCUCUGUGCAGAACUGCAGACAUGGAGAAGCAGCUGAGAGGACUGGAAGCUAGGGUUUCCUCCUGCACAAAGACUUCAGGUAUCUCGGUGCGGCCGGACGUGAGGUCAUCGGACGCUGGACAUCAUCCAGCGGUCUGCAGUGACUUCGUCUUCUCGGAGCCUUGGAACCUGAAAGUGACGAACAGUGGCUGCUUUCCACACGCAGAAGCCGAGGAUAACAGCCGAGAGGGGACAUCCCAGGACACGGAGGAUACGACUCGAACACCGAAUGACUCGUCUGAACCGCUGGUGAAGUGUGAAAGCAUUGUUCUCUCAGACUCUUCAUCUUCUUCAAAUCACCUUCCUGUGGGACUGGUUAACAAACAAAACCCACCAGCGCAGAACUGCAGCGAGAGAGGAUCUGCUGCUGCUCACGGUCCCAUACCGGAAACUUCCCUGAGUGCUGCAUGUGAGGAGCGAACGCACCAUGAUACACAGGAGAAAGGAGCCGGGUUCAACUUCAGGACAGAGGAACCUGCUGAUGCUGACAACUCUCUAAUAAAGUGUAAAGAACAGACAGACAGUGGAGUUUCACUAGAAGAAGCUGAACGUGAUCAGACCUUCAAGCUAGAGGAGACCGAAGAUCCCGAACGUGAGCAGGAGAACAAGGGAAGGAGCCGAGAAUCAGCAAGUUCCGGAAGUUCAGAAUCAGGACAGAGGGAAGUUUUCGAGUGUGUAGAGAGAGGGUGUUCUGCAGAACCAGAGAAGUGUGACCAAACUCUCCCAAAUUUCCUUGUAAGUGAAGGUACAGUGAAAAGCAGCAGAGGUUUGGAAGAAAGAUCAGGAAGCCAAGACGAGACAAACAGGAGUGUAAAGGAUUCACUUGCAAAGUGGACUCGCGGUACACCAGAAUCAGGAAACACACAAAGUUCUGAUGUGUAUGAAGGUGGAAGUGUUCAUCUCUGUCAGGCACAGACUGCAGAACCGGCUGGAAAACUAGAGAAAGAAAGCUCUGCCGAAUGUGGAGCAGCAGGAGUUCCUGCUAAAGCAGCUUCUCCAAGGACUUUUCAUCACACAGUACCGGAGUCCAACACACCUUUUAUUUUCCCUCACACUCGCUCUCGCCCUCCCACCGCACCCAACAUGCCCACCCUGCCUGAAGAGGAGGAAGAUUCUCCUGAGGAGAUCGACAGCAACUCCAGCUCCCCGUCCUCUGCUAUGCCGCCAGAAUCCAAGCUAGUCAACAUGACCAUGUCGCCUCCUGCUAUCGUCCUGCCAAGACAAGUCGACAAGCAGGAACCGAGGCCUCUGGAGAAAGCCAGACCUCACAGUCCAAGACCCCGGCUCUCGAGGAACGCCAGCUCGUCUGGGCCAAUCACAACAGUAGAUAAUGAUGGUCACGUGAUAGACCUGACAAAAGAUGAGCUUCCAGAGCUGCAGCUCUCUGACCAGGACCGUCAGAAGAACUUGGAGCUGCUGGAGGAGGCCAAGAAAGUGAGUGAUCGCUUCCUGAGCCGUAGGGGGCGCCGGUCUACAUCUAGCCUCACAGGGUCUCCUACAGCUCUCUCGCCCAACCCGACUCCAGGCUCGUCUCCUGUACCGUCCAGAAGCAGCUCUAUCUCGGCGCCACCACAAAUGGAUGUUUUGGCAAAUCCUCCUUCGAGCCCAUCCGCAAGUCAGCGGUUGGAGGUGCCUGCAGUGCGUGAACACGGAGAAGCAAAUAAACCCGAGCAGGAGGUCAGUCCUUCCUCGAGCUUCUCAUCACAUCAUUCUACAACUCUGAAGAAGCUUGUAGAAUGGAAACCACCUGAAAAGAGAAAAGUUUCUUCUGGCACGUUGACCCCUCGUCACACCACCUCUACUCCAGCCGAGGACCUCACCAAGUCCCCAAAGGAUGGUGCAGAGAUCUGUGUCUCUACAGACAGGGGGAAAAAGACAACUCCAGUUCCGACGAUCCAAAAACCAGAGAGCCAGACUCCGGCAACCGGAGUGGCCAAGCCGGUACCUCGGCCGGCCAUGCAGCAAGCUCCGUGCACAGCUGAGAUCAAGACCAUCGGUGCUUUCCCGCCUCUCAUGAGGGCUGUCUCGUGGGAUACAGUGGGCUCUCUGAACAUGAGGAAUGGGGGACCUAAAGGAGAAGACAGCCUCUCUUACCCUGACACCAUUAAGCCUCCUGUGAACACCCAGAAACUGUCCAAACUACGGGAGGAACAUAAGCUGUUGAGGAAUCAGAGCAUCUGCAGUUCAAAGCUGCCGGACCUGAACGAGACGGCCGAACAAGACCAAGAUCACUCGUCUUCUACAAAGGUGUCCGCAGCAGACGAAGAAUUGAAAGAGAAAGCAGAAGCCAUGCCUAACAUAUCAGAUAUCAUGCUGCGCAAGCUCAAACUACACAGAGGCUUACCAGGCUGUGCCCCUCCGCUCACGGAGAAAGAAGUCGAGAAUGCCUUUGUGCAGCUGUCUCUCGCAUUCCGCAAUGACAACUACACUCUGGAAACGAGACUGAAGCAGGCCGAGAGGGAGCGCAACCUUACGGAGGAGAACGCUGAAAAAGAACUGGAAGAGUUCAAAAGCUCACUUAAGAGCACCACAUCCUUAUGGCAGAAUGCAGAGCAGAGGGAGUUCUACCAGUGUCUCAUUGAGACUGUAGCUGUGCUGCAUCGCCUCACCAACCGUCUGUCCAGCAGGGCAGAGAUGGUUGGGGCAGUGCGGCAGGAGAAACGGAUGAACAAGGCCACGGAGGUGAUGUUGCAAUAUGUUGAGAACCUGAAGAGAACCUACGAGAAGGACCAUGCAGAGCUGAUGGAGUUUAAGAAGCUAGCAAACCAGAACUUGAACCGAUGCUAUGGGAGCUCAAUGGAAACUGGAGAUGAUGGUGUUCCACGUACUGCGAGAUCCAUGUCUUUGACAAUGGGAAAGGCUGUACCCAGAAGGAGAGUCAGUGUAGCUGUGGUUCCCAAGUUUAAUCUCCUGAAUGUUCCUGGUCAGACUUUAAGCACAGGAGGUCCCAGUCCGGGUCCUGGAGCCAGCCUUGCCACCGCUGCAGGCCCUAACCCAUGCUCUGGCCCUGGUGCACUUCCUGUACUGUGCGAGGCAAACAGUAUGAAGAGUGACUCCGGUUCAGACCCAGUACAGCAAGCAGCAGGAGAAAAUGGAAAAGUUCUCCUGGAGCAGGAAGGCGAGGCAGCUACUCCGGCCAAAGCUUCCUGUAGCCCGGAAGAGAUCAGAGCUGAGAUCAAGGCCAAAAUCGAGGAGGAAGCCUACAAUAAAGGGUAUCAGGAAGGACUGAAAAGACUCAAAGAGCUUCAGGAAAUGAAGGAGGAAGAAGAAAAGGUGGAAGAAAAAGAGAUGGAGCUAGAAGAGGUAACUGAAGAAGAGCUGGGAGAGGAAAAAAAGCCAAGCAGGUUUGAGCGAGUUCUGGAAGUCCUCGAAAGGACAUGUCCCAAGAUCUUCAGGAGGAACCGGACUCUAUGGAUCGUUCUUACUCUGUUCCUAGUAGUGUUUCUUUUAGUCAACAUCAUAAGCUUCUUCAGCAGCAUUUACGCCGAUCACGCAGACACGACGGCAGAAAAGCCCAACGUCCCGGGGAAAAAGUUUUUAGGAGUGCGUGUGGGAUCGAAGAAUCCGAGUCCAGAGUAACACCAAACCUUGUUACGUUCAGAAACCGUCUGAGGAGUUGAGCUUGACUUGAACUUUGGGAACUUGAUGUCACGAGGAGACCAAUAAUUUAAAUUUUUUUUUUUUAAAAAAAAAAAAAAAAAAAAAAAAAAAAAGUAAAUGGGUAAAAAAAAAAAGCUGUUGUCAGAAACCCUUGUAAGAUUUAUAUCUAUAUAGUUUGAGAUGUAAUGAUAUGAGACAAAUGGCACAUUUUAAUGAGAUUGAGAUUCCAUCAGCACUCGUACUUUACUGUUCUCAGGUUUGUGAGAUGUGUCUUCGUUAAGAAAUUAAGUGCACCAUUUAAGUGCUUUAAUUAUUGGGAUGGGUUUUGAAAAUUCAUUACUGAUGUUUAUGUUGUCUGUCUGAGCUGGCAUUCCGAGGUACCUUUUUGCGUGCAAUAUUUGUGCCACACAAUUUUUUUUUCUUUGAAAGAUCGCAAAAAUCAGACUGACGACGUGGUUCGGAUCGUGUCCUUGGAGACCGUUGUGUUAGUGUGACGAGAGAUUUUCCAAAAAAAAAAAAAAACAACAAUUACUUGUUCGUUUCCUAGCACCAGAGGUUUGUCAUCGUUUUAGAUCAUUAAUUAUUUUUCACGUGUGUUAAUGGUUUGUGCCACUGCACUCCUUUUUAAUAAAGGGGCCUUCAAAAAGGUUUCACACAGGGUAAUGAAACUCAGUACAUGGCGAUCUCUUUUUCCACUUUUUUUUUAUUAUUUAAUUUCAAAUGAUUACGGCUCAGUUAACCCGGACACUGUUAGAAGUAAAGUCUUAACCUUGUCCUUCGUUUUCUAGUUCGGUAAACCGAGCGACUGUCAUGAUGAGCAAACCUCAGAUGGUUAUAAUCUCAUGUCAGCAUUGCUCCGAUGCCAUUCUAGGGAAAAAAAUCAACAACGGGAUGAUGUGAUUGAUCCGAUUUAUUGUCGCCGUCCCCAAACGAAUUAUUUUCCAUUAACAUCCAUAUUAUACCACAGCAAUCUGAUGAUCAUAAAGACUUAUUUAUUAAUUAAUCAAAAUACGCAUCCAUUUAUAGGAGCAUUGUACAGUCAUGGAACAAAUAAAAGAAGUCUCAUUACUCUCA